AUGUCGCACACCUCCCAGGGAUCCGCAAGCACUGGCCGCCAACUGGCCAAUGAAGCAUCACUGGCUGCGCAGGCGGAUGACGCAAUUGAAGCAAUGCGCGUCACUGAGCUUGAGUCAGUGCGUGCUCACAAUGAGCAACUGAUGCAAGAGGCAACUGCAGCAAUGCAGCGACUGUCACUGGUGCGACAGAUGCCCGACACAACAAUGGGAGACUGGCCGUUCAAUGUGGUCGAAAGGCCACUGGUCCACAUCCAGACUGAGAGGCCACCCGCGCUGUACCAUGGUGACAUUGCCAACUGGUACUGGGUGAUGAACGCCGAGUUCCCCACUGAUGCUGGCAAUCUGGAUAACUGGACGAGCUAUGCCGACCUGCGAAUGCUGCUCGCAAAGGAAGUGGAUCGAGUGUGGAACCUGGUGAAAAGGUCCACUGAGUCAACUGGGUUCUUGGAGUGCACUGUCCGAGAGGUGCUCUCGUCCUGUGGACUGCACUGCUUCUUCGCAGGACAGCCGACUGAUGGGUCGGAGAGGAUCCGACUGCCGCCGACCGUGCUGAACACCUUGGUUGACUGCACUGACGUCAUCAUCGAUGCUGUGCAGGAAACUGUGGAUUUGUUUCCGUUCAUCGACUGGUGUUCGGAAUACACCAAGGAAGAGGCUACACUGUUCAAGAGACUGGAGAGUGAAAAUCGCCAACCAUCAAGUGUUUCUGAAACACUGGUGGCAAAGCACUGCUGGAUUUGUCUUCGCAGUGAAGAUGCUGAGACACUGCGGACGACUGGCCAAUUUUCACUGGAAGGAAUCUAUGCUGGACAGUUCAAUCUGUCGAUGAGUGCUCGAGCUGCACUGUGGCGCCGUGGCGACUGUGGCAGACACAGACCGAGGUACAGUGAUUACAUCGUGACCACUGACCCCGGGCUCACUGAGGUGCCAUUCACACUGAAUGCCCAAGAGUGUGGGUCCAUCCGUCGCUGGACACUGGUCGGCUGGAAGCCAAAGGCAACUGCCAUCCAGCUGGGAGAGUUCAUCACUGACGAUGAUGUGCCAACUGGCUCGUGGAGACCAGGAGGCACUGGCACUGGUGGUGACAAGGCCCAAGCGACUGCUCUGACCACUGUGGUCACUGGCCUGAGGCGAGCCAUUGGGACUGAGCAUCAAGUCUCAAUCACUGUCUCGCCAGCGGAGUGA